AUGCACGCACGGCAGACGUUGAUGCGCAUACUAGAAGGCGUCUCCUGUGCAUUCAAGAAGGAACGCCGCGACUCCGCCAACCUGGACUUUGACGCCCGCGUCCCGAUCCCCUUCAGUGUCUUCCCGUCCUCGUACCGGAGUGACGCUGUCACAGCAGAAACAACUCACGUCAAGGUAGAAGGCACAGCUUCUACUUCUUCGCGCGUCGGACGGGAAGGUCACGAAACUCACUUCACUUCCGUCUCCGCGACCCUUCCUGGCCGCAAAGACCGCAGAACAGAAGAGGAGGUCCACAUCUACGAAGAAGACCGAAUCCGCCAUCCUGCUCGCAGGCAAGGGGAGGUCCACAUCCACGAGCAGCACCGCUACCCCAAAGAUCACGUCUCGCAAGUAGGGGUCACCAGAGAGCGCUACCACGAGCCUUACCGCCGGUACGCCGAAACUCAGAUCGACGUCGAGGACAAGACCUACGAGCGAGGCUACAACGCUGCCCAGGAGCGUACUUACGACCGCGAGUUCCGCACCGUCCACGGCCCAGCCACCCAGUACGCCGAGUCCCAGAUCGACGUAACCGAACGAGACUACCGUCAACGCACUCAGCCAAACUACGACCACCCUACCCAAUACACCACCGAAGCCCGCUACACCGGCCCACAGUACUCUGAGGAACGCUACGGUCAAGCUACUCAAGACUUCGCUGAGCAACGUUACUCUCAGCCAGCCGUAGGAGUCCAGAUAGACUCCCGCACCACCGUCGACCCUCCCAAGAAGUUCAAGCGUGAUAUGGGCUACUACGACGAAGACGGCCACUACCACUCUUUCCGUCACGGUCUACACAGAGCUGCUGACCGUAUCCUGCAUCCCAUUCACGGAGGCCGCCAUCACCACCACGACGAUCGUGAGGAAGUAGUGGUCAAGGAAACUCACACCACAUCUUCUCUCCCACGCGUCUCUGUUUCUGCCCCAGAGCCGGCUAGCUACGUCCCGUCUCGCACCAUGACACCCAACACCAUCACCAUCCCGUGUCACCACAUCCGCAUUGGCGAUCUUCUGAUCCUUCAGGGACGCCCUUGCCAGGUCAUCCGCAUCACCACCUCCUCCCAGACCGGCCAGCACCGCUAUCUCGGUGUUGACCUCUUCACCAAGCAGCUCCAUGAGGAGUCCAGCUUCAUCUCCAACCCGGCUCCGUCAGUCGUCGUCCAGAACAUGCUCGGCCCUGUCUUCAAGCAGUACCGCGUCCUUGACAUCACUGAGGGUGGCCGUGUCGUCGCUAUGACCGAGACCGGCGACGUUAAGCAGGGCAUCCCUGUCCUCGACCAGAGCAGCCUCUUCAGCCGCCUGCAGGAUGCUUUCGACAACGGCCGUGGCAGCAUUCGCAUCCUUGUCAUCAACGAUGAGGGCAGGGAACUUGCUGUUGACUACAAAGUUGUCCAUGGCUCGAGGUUGUAG